AAAAAUGGCGUCCCACGUUGCUGGAUAUCCUCACAUAGGCCCCAGGAGGGAGCUAAAGUUCGCCCUGGAAUCGUUCUGGAAUGGAAAGAGCAGUGCGGAGGAGUUGCAAAAAGUUGCGGUUGAUCUCAGGACAUAUAUCUGGAAGCAGAUGGCCGGUGCCAGCAUCGAGUACGUUCCCGGCAACACCUUCUCAUACUACGAUCAGGUGCUUGACACCACCAUGAUGCUCGGUGCUGUUCCCACCCGAUAUGGUUGGAAUGGUGGAGAGAUUGGAUUCGAUGUUUACUUCUCGAUGGCUAGAGGGAACGCCUCCGUCCCUGCUAUGGAAAUGGCCAGGUGGUUUGACACCAACUACCAGUACGUUAUGCCUGAAUUGGGUCCUGAUGUCAACUUCUCUUACGCUUCUCGCAAGGCUGUCACCGACUACAGGGAGGCCAAGGAGCUUGGAGUAGAAACUGUUCCGGUCCUUCUUGGCCCGGUCUCCUAUCUGCUGCUAUCCAAGCAUGCGGAGGGUGUUGACAAGACCUUUUCUCCUCUGUCCCUCCUCGGAAAAGUACUUCCCAUCUACAAGGAAGUCGUGUCCGAACUUAAGGCAGCCGGUGCUUCCUGGUUUCAGUUUGAUGAGCCCACCCUUGUGUUGGAUCUUGCUUCUCACAAACUGCAAGCUUUCACAGAAGCAUACUCGGAACUAGAAUCAAGUCUUUCUGGCGUGAAUGUUGUCGUCGAAACAUAUUUUGCUGAUGUUCCUGCUGAGGCAUAUAAAGUUCUUACAUCCUUGAAGGGUGUCACUGGUUUUGGAUUUGAUUUGGUCCGUGGAACACAGACCCUCGAUUUAAUCAAGGGUGGGUUCCCCACAGGCAAGUAUCUCUUUGCUGGAGUUGUUGAUGGGAGGAACAUCUGGGCUAAUGAUCUUGCUGGAUCGCUCAGUAAGCUCCUUGCCCUCGAGGGCAUUGUGGGAAAAGACAAACUUGUGGUCUCCACCUCCUGCUCUCUUUUGCACGUUCCUGUUGACCUAGUUAAUGAGACCCAGUUGGAUGAUGAAAUCAAGUCAUGGCUUGCAUUUGCCGCUCAAAAGGUCGUUGAGGUCAAUGCCUUGGCCAAGGCAUUGGCUGGACAAAAGGAUGAGGCAUUCUUCUCAGCUAAUGCUGCUGCUCAAGCCUCAAGAAAGUCCUCUCCAAGAGUCACAAAUGAAGCUGUCCAAAAGGCUGCUGCUGCUUUGAGGGGCUCUGAUCAUAGCCGUGCCACAACUGUGAGUGCUAGAUUUGAUGCUCAGCAAAAGAAGCUUAAUUUGGUCAUGCCAGCAGCCACCAUUGACUCCAUCGCCAAGGAACUCAGAAGUCCACACUCUCAGUACAAGGCCCAAAAGAUCUCUGAGGAAGAAUACAUUAAGGCCAUCAAGGAGGAAAUUGACAAAGUUGUCAAGCUUCAAGAGGAGCUUGACAUAGAUGUCUUGGUUUAUGGGGAGCCUGAGAGGAACGAUAUGGUUGAAUACUUUGGGGAGCAGUUGUCAGGUUUUGCCCUCACUGUUAAUGGGUGGGUGCAAUCUUAUGGAUCUCGUUGUGUGAAACCACCCAUCAUCUAUGGUGAUGUGAGCCGCCCCAAGCUAUCGUAUGUCUUCUGAUCCACCGCAGUCCAGAGCAUGGCUAUUGGCCUUAUGAAGGGAAUGCUUCCGGGGCCUGUCACCAUUCUCAACUGGUCUUUUAUCCGAAAUGACCAACCUAGGUCCGAUACUUGCUAUCAAAUUGCCUUGGCCAUCAAGGAUGAAGUUGAAGAUCUCGAGAAGGCAGGGAUCAAUGUUUUUCAGAUCGAUGAGCUAGCUUUGAGAGAUGGUCUACCACUGAGAAAUUCUGAGCAAGCUUUCUACUUGGAUUGGGCUGUUCACUCUUUUAGAAUCACUAACUGUGGUGUCCAGGAUACUACCCAGAUCCACACUCACACGUACUACUCCCAGUUCAACGACUUCCCCCUCUCUAUCAUUAACAUGGAUGCUGAUGUCAUCAUGAUCGAGAAUUGUCGCUUCGAUGAGUCAGUUUUCCGUGAGGGAGUCAAUUAUGGUGCUGGGGCUGGCCCCGGUGUCUAUGAUUUUCACUCUCCCAGUAUACCAUCAGCUGAACAGAUUGCUGACAGUAUCACCAAGAAGCUCGCGAGAAACAUAGUGUCGUUUAACCCUGACUACAAAUUCAAGACUUGUGAACACGUUGGGGUCAAACGUGCGCUUGAGAACAUGGUUGCUUCUGUGGAGCUCCUCCGCACCGAACUUGCCCAUGCUAUGAAAGAAAAGUCUGAGUAACUCCCGGCUCAAAGGGAGAGUUUCGUGGGGUUGGCCUUCAAUGACCCAAUCCGCUACUUGAUCUGCACCAUCUAUGCUUGUUGAUAAGUAGUUCUGCUUUCCCAUAUUCUAGCUGCAAUUCUCUAUUAUCCACUAGUGAUUAUCUACAAUACAUUUACAAAUUCUGAGACUAUAGACAUUACUAGCGGGCAAUUUUGUGCUCGUGUCAAUCAACCAUCUUUGUGUUUGAGUGAUGUUUUGGCAAACCUUUGUUUUGUUCAUGAAUGACACUAGUUUGAUACUUAGCAAAAUCUGCAAUUAUAUGCUAUUGAUGACUUUAUCUA